AUUUAUUCACUCUAUUAUACUUUAAUGUCGCAUAUUCAUUCUAAUGUUUCAUCUUCAACAAAGUCUAAUAAUUCAAUAACACAACCAUCCGAAUGCUCUAUACAAACAUUAAUGCGUUCAUUUUUAAAAGAACAUACAGCUUAUGACGUUUUGCCUGUAAGUUAUCGACUUAUUGUCUUUGAUACUCGACUAUUAGUUAAAAAGGCACUUAAUGCACUUGUUCAAAAUGGCAUUGUAUCUGCUCCUUUAUGGUCAAGUGAAGAACAAAAGUUUAAAGGCAUGUUAACGGUGGCCGACUUUAUAAACCUUAUACAAUAUUAUUAUACCCAUGCAUCUGUUGAAGACGCAUUUCGUGAAAUUGAAAGUUUUGAAUUAGCUCAUUUACGUAACGUUGAAAAAUUAGUGGGUGCUCCAGCUCCUCAAUUGGUGUCCAUGAAUCCAAUGGCUACUUUAUAUGAUGCCUGUCGUAUGUUGGCAGAAAGUCGAGUUCACCGUGUUCCAUUAUUAGAUAAAGACCCAGACACUGGUACAGAAAUGAUUGUUAGCGUUAUUACACAGUAUCGUAUAUUGAAGUUUAUAGCAUCCAAUUUUAAACAUACAAAGGUAUUACGUCAACCAUUAUCUGAAUUAAAGAUAGGAACCUACGAUAAUAUUGCAACUGCCUCUAUGUCUACGCCAGUUAUUAAAGUCAUCAAUAUGUUUGUAGAGCAAAAUAUUAGUGCAGUACCUAUUGUAGAUGAUAAUGGAGUUGUACUUAAUGUAUAUGAAACAAUUGAUGUUAUGAGUAUUGCUAGAUCAGGAAGGUAUAAAGAAUUAGAUAUUUCAGUAGGAAUAGCGAUGGAAGCAAGGCCUAAAGAUUAUCCUGGGGUUCAUACCUGUACAUUAAAUGACACACUCCAUUCAAUAUUUAGAACAAUUCGAAAACAAAGAGUUUAUAGACUCAUCAUUGUUGAUAAUGAAAAUAAGUUGAUUGGUAUCGUUAGUCUGUCAAAUAUUAUUGGUUAUCUUGUAGGCUAUAAACGCCCAUAAUUUAUUAUUAUUAUUAUUAUUUGUUUCUCUUUUUCCUUUAAACCCUUUUACCAAUCUAAUUUGCGAC